GAUCACUGAAAUAAACCAUUGCAUGUACAGCACUUAGUUCAGUGCCUGGAACGUCCUCAGCAUUUGUCACCUGAGGUUUAUAAAUCAGUCUUGACUGGAAGGAUCCUGAAAACCCCUGGGUGUCAUCUCUUCCCAUCUCAAGAUGGAUAACAAGAAACGCCUCGCCUAUGCCAUCAUCCGCUUCCUACAUGACCAGCUGCGGCACGGGGGGCUCUUGUCAGACGCCCAGGAGAGUUUGGAAGUUGCAAUCCAGUGCCUGGAGACCGCCUUCGGGGUGACAUUGGAAGACAGCAACCUCGCACUCACUCAGACUCUUCCAGAAAUAUUUGAAGCUGCCGCAGGCAAGGAGAUGCCACAGAACCUGAGGAGUCCUGAGGUAACCCCGCCUUCGGAGGAGGACUCGGCCGAGGCAGAGCGCCUCAAAACCGAAGGAAACGAACAAAUGAAAGUCGAGAACUUUGAGGCUGCCGUGCACUUCUAUGGGAAAGCUAUCGAGCUCAAUCCCGCAAACGCCGUCUAUUUCUGUAACAGAGCCGCCGCCUACAGCAAACUGGGGAAUUACGCGGGGGCCGUGCAGGACUGCGAGCGGGCCAUCUGCAUAGACCCAUCCUACAGCAAAGCAUAUGGGAGGAUGGGCCUGGCGCUCUCCAGUUUGAACAAGCACGCGGAGGCCGUGGCCUACUAUAAGAAGGCCCUGGAGCUGGACCCCGACAACGAAACAUACAAGUCCAACCUCAAGAUCGCGGAGCUGAAGCUGAGAGAGGCACCCAGUCCCACAGGAGGGCUCGGCAGCAUCGACAUCGCGGGCCUGCUGAACAACCCAGGCUUCAUGAGCAUGGCAUCAAACCUGAUGAACAGCCCCCAGCUUCAGCAGCUCAUGUCCGGGGUGAUUUCCGGCAGCCACAACCCCCUGGGGACUCCUGGCACCAACCCUUCACAGAAUGACCUGGCCAGUCUCAUCCAGGCGGGCCAGCAGUUCGCUCAGCAGAUGCAGCAGCAGAACCCAGAGUUAAUUGAACAGCUUCGAAAUCAGAUCCGAAGUCAAACACCCAGUGCCAGCAACGAUGACCAGCAGGAAUGACCGCUCACGUGAGUCCCCUCGGGGAGGAGGUGCACCCCCUGCCAGAUGUUUCCACUGAAUUUUGCUCCUCCCCCUCCCAACU